UCGCGUUCCUUCAGCUAACGGUCCAAUCAGGGAAAGCGUUUACCCCGCGUAAAGUCAAAGCAUUGUGUCCUUUGGAGUUUGCAGUUCACCAUGGCAUGCGACUGGAUGAGUUUUGCUGAGAAAAUGUAUUGGAAUGUGCUAGGAACUUGAUGGUUUCCAACGGAUCACAUAUUUCUCAGUGUUUGUUGUUGUGUUCCAUUCUCCUUUUGUUGUUGAUUCAAGGCUGUUUAAAGUUGAGGGAUGUCGGAAAAGAAGUCGCCCCCUCACAAGGACAAGGGUUCAUCAAGCAAGCCAUCAACUGGGGAAGGGAAGUCAAACAAGAGAAAAUUAGCAACUCCAUCAUCACCUUCGGAGGAAGAUGAGAAAAAGAACCAGCAGCAACAAGUCCCAAAAAGAAAGCGUCCAAAUGUUCCGGAAGGUUCCCCAGAGCACAUGGGGAUGGGUUCCCCUCGUGGUGCAGGGAGCGUGUCUCGACUCAAUGUCCCUUUAUCAGAACGGCAGCAGAUGGCACUGCUUAUGCGAAUGGAAGAGUCCACAGUUGGAGACACAUCCCCAAAGUCUCCAUCUUCUGGGGUGCAGGUGAGCUCUACAAAGCGUACUCCAGCUGAUAAGAAAGUGAACAAGCGGAAUGAGAGAGGAGAGGCGCCUCUACACAUGGCGGCAAAGAAAGGGGACUACAAGCAGACAAAGAGACUCAUCAAAGCUGGUGCCAGUGUCAAUAUGAAAGAUUAUGCUGGUUGGACAGCUCUCCAUGAAGCGUGCAACUCUGGUAAUUUACGUGUUGCAAAACAGUUGCUCAAGGCCGGGGCUGAUGUCAAUGUUCAAGGUUUUGACGACGACACACCUUUACACGAUGCCUCCAGCAGUGGUCAUAGAAAGUUGGUACAGCUACUUCUACGGCAUGGAGCCAAUCCUCUACAGGCAAAUCUGCAAGGAAAAACUUCUAUCAAUGUGGCCACCAGCGAGAUUGAGGCCAUUUUACGAGGGAAUUCAGCAAAUUAUAGCAGUGACAGUGAUAGUCAUAGUGAAGCUUCUAGCACGGAUAGCAUUCUGUCUAACAAGGAAGAGGAAAGAAAUAUUGAUGAUGACUUCAAGUCUCACAGUAACUCAGGAAAAACAGACUUAGCUGGAUCAGCUGGGGCAUCCUCUUCCAUCUCGUCGUCGGUGGCCAUACCUGGAUCAGCAGGAACUGCAGGACGCCGUCAGUCUGUGCCCCCAUCCCCUGAGAAGGUCAAUCCUUCUCCCUCACCUCGUCUCUUUCUCAAGUUUCAACAAAAGAAAUCGUCGUCUUCGUCCUCAUCAACCACAGACGAACAACAGCGGGUUUCUGAGUGGAAUGUCCUCACUGUGGAUUCCGGAAGUGAGGUGACCUCAGAGGGCGACAUUGUAGGUGGCAAUGCUCGAUCAUCCUCCUCCUCAUUUGACCGCCAGCCCACGGUAGGGUUGGCCUCUGCUCCUUCACGCCAAAGAAAUGAGGACAGCUGGUCCCGAAUUGUCCAGCCCGGCUCUGGGAUGAGGCAAAACCGUGGGGGUGGUGCCUCUGUGGUUGCAGAGGCAGACGGAUGCCCCGAUUCUACAGUGCCCCCCGGUGGUUCUGGUUCUGCGUCAGUGCCACCACCCCCCAACCACUCCCACUCACUGGAAAGGAUUGCGACAGAGCCGUUUACCCCUCAGGGUAUGGAGGGCGUUGGGAGCACAGAUAAUGACGAGGACCACAUGGAGGUGUUCCCGGCUGCUGUCAACUCGAGUGGGCACAACACCAAGACCUCAAACACUUUCAGCAACACUUCCUGCUCAAGCUCAGUUACCUCGAACGAUAUCAACAAACAACAGUCAUCAGCGCUGCCACUGUUGUCAUCGUCACUCCCAUCCUCUUUGUCAUCUUCAUCGUCUUCGUUGUCGUCAUUGCAGCAAAAAUCUCAUCCAUACCAGCCUUUUAAUCAUCCUCAUUCCCAGCAACAGCAACAACAGCAGCAACAACAUCAGCAGCAGCACAUUCCGGGUCAGACUGUGAGUUACUAUCACCACGUCCGACAAGGACAGAAGCCCCUCAAUCUGCAACACACUUCUCCAAGCUCAAGCCUCGGGUCUGAAAAAUCUGGGGUUUCCUCUACAUUUGCCCCGUCAUCAACUUCAAUUUCCUCCUCAUCUCACCAUGUUACAAACAGUGGAUCCACCUCAUGUCAAUUUUCAUUUGUUUCGUCAUCGUCAACGUCUGUUACCUUGUCCUCGUCCACGAUAUCCUCGUCAUCAGUGAUAGCCUCAAGUUUACCGUCUCAUCAUCAGCUCAACCCUCUCCCUUAUCAUCAACACCCUCACCAUCACUUGAACAGCACAACCUCGGGUCCCAACUCUUCCUCCAGUUCAUCACAACACCCCAGCCAGCCCCCAACAGCCCACCCCGCUCCAGACAGUAGAAAUUUAACCUCCUCUUCCUCUUCCUCCUCCUCCUCCCUCCCAUUUCAGAUGUUCGCUGGGAGGGGAGGAAACAAAGGUGGGGGGAGUAUUGUUACGGGUCUCAGUGAUCGCGCAGUGGCUGCGUCAGGAGGUAGCACUCCUGGCUCUGCUGCUACUCCUGUGGGCUCCUCUCAGCCCCUGACAUCAGUUGGGGAUGCGAACCCGGUCCCAUCGAGUCACCAGCUGCCUCGAUUGGACCCCACCGCACGCCCCGUCAUCCCACGUGUGGAAGAGCUCAGCUCCUCCAAUAAUAAGUCGGACACCUCUAGCUGUGAUUCUCCUUUACAAGUGGACCCUGAAGACUCGAACCCUGCUCCCUCAGAGCAGGACAGCAGGCCGUCCACGCCAAAAGUUCCUCCGUUGAAAAUCAUUAUGCCCACCAAGGGCGGUGCUCAGAUGGCUGAUGAUUCUAAACCUCAGGCGAAGGCGGCACUCCCGUACGUCCUGAAUCCCACAAGAGAAGGUGGAGACAAUUGGGAGGGUGGGGAGGAAGCAUUGAGGAAUAUUUCCAGCACUUCAGUCCCAGGUCAUGAACUGGACGCUUUAACUUCUCGUUUCACGUCAUCCCCUCAACCUCGGCCAUCUUCACGGGCGGGAUCAGGGGCUGGGGGACCGACCACAGACAAAGAAGGGAAGCCGUUUGACCCAACGAGUGGCUUGGUACGGAAUCUGGACACUGAGGAGUCUUGCUCAAGGGAGAGCGACGGCCGUGCAGACCAGAGCGAUGGACAGGUUGGGGAGGAGGGGAAAGAGAAGCGACCGACCAGGACAUUGAGGUCUCACACAGCUAUGAUGCAACAAGCUCAGCAAGCCCAACAGCAGGGCAAAGGGUCAGAGAAAAAUGGAGGUUCAGAUCCAAAAGAGGAAGGUGAUAAUUCAAGCACUACCAGAUCUCAAAAGGGAGAAGAUAGUGGAGCGGAUGACUCCAGUUUCCCACCCAGGAAGAGAAAGCUGAGGAACAAAACAGAGCAGCAGACACUACAAGUCACAGUAGCGACUGCUGCCGCUGCAAAGAUGAACCAGCCGCUUGAGAAACCUCCCAAUCCCUAUGAGACCUACCUCAACAUGAGGCGACAGAUUGCAUCUCGUCAUCGUACAAUGUGCAAUGUUGCCCCAAAGCCACCUGUGGGCUUCAAGGACUUUUUGAUGGUGAAUUGCACUUACGUUCUCCAGGGCAAUGUGACCAGCACUUUGUCUGUUCCCAUGCUUCCUCCUCCAAACCUUGUUGCAGAGCCAAUGCGAGAAUUCUUCAUUCAGCAGGAAAAAGAACGCUAUCGUUUGAGGUUGCAACAUGUUAUUGAAAGGGAAAAACUGAUGCUGUCGAUAGAGCAAGAAAUCUUGCGGGAACAUGGACGGGCUGCUCGUGCUAUGGCCAAUCAGACGCUGCCUUUCAGCGUGUGCACAAUUCUGCGAGAGGAGGAGAUCUACAAUCAGCAGGAACUGGAGCAGGUGGAGGACCGUGACAAAAAUGUACGAUCACGGUACAAUGGCCGUCAGUUUCUCUCUUGGUUACAAGAUGUGGAUGACAAGUAUGCAAAAAUCAAGCAAGACUUGGUGUUGCGUCACCACCACGAGGCUGAGUCCCUGUAUGCGGUGCAGAAGCUGGACUGGGAGUGGAAGAUGAAGGAGUGCGAUCUGUGCGAUCACAAGAAUACACCCACCAUAGACGACCUGCAUGUUCCCAUGGUGGCUGUUAGUGAUGAGUUUGAGCUGCUGCCCAAUUCAUAGCCCAGGCUGGGGACGUCUCCCGUCACGCAUGUGUGUGGCCGCUGCCAUGGCGGUCAUCGGGGAGGACGUUCUUCACUCACAUAUGUACAAGCAUUGACACACACACACGCUCACACACACACACACACACAUAUAUAUAUAUAUAAAUAAGUACAUUCACAUGAGACUCGUCCCACUCGCCCGCCCACCCACACGCCAUCCCCCAUCAAUCUUAGGGCACUACUUCAUGUCCAUUUUCCUCUCAUUGUUUUUGUUUUUUUUCUCUGUUCCUAUCACUUGAUGUCAUUCUUUCACGUGUAAGGUCACUUCGUUUUGUUGUGUGAUAAAAGUGUCUCUUUUGUUUGUUGUUGCUGUUGUUUCUUUCCUCAACUGGUUCAGGUGGAAGGACUUACGAAAGUGAUUCAGUUUCUGAGGUCAUAAUUAGCCUUGUUGUGUUCAGUGACGUCUGUUGAUAGAUGGUCGUUUUAUGAAUAUAUGUGUAUUAGGGAGUGCAUUUUGGUUGCUUUGGGGGGGGGGGGGGUUGAACUUCUUGGGGCUCAGUGCUGGAAAAAAUGUUCUUCCUCUGAGCGUUGGUACCCCCUUGGGGGAGGGGGUUAAAAGCUACUCAAUGAAAGCACAUAAUUACCAACAGGAAAAAUUUGCUAUAAAAUCAAGUAAUUUGCCUUCCGUUUUUAUAUAUUGGCAUAAGCUGAUGCGGCUAAUGUUAUGACUUGAAGUUGGACAACAUUUUAAGAAUAGAAUUGGAAUCGUUAUAUUAUCCUUUUAAGACAGUUCCGUUUUAAGUGUUUGUGCCUCUUCUACAAGAAUAGAAAAAUUUCUCAAGCAUCUUCCAAGCAAUGAGAAUGAGUAUGCUGUGUAUAUUUGAGGGGGGGGGG